AUGGCGACAGACAGUAAACCAUUCGGGCUCAUCAUUUUUCUAGUUCUUGGUUUAACCCGAGGAACAAGUUUAAAUCUGAACAAAAACAGCAAAUGUAAAAUGUUAGCUGAUAAAAAAAGUAAAGCUUUGAUUUAUUUAUUAGAACCAGUUACUCAACUUCGAGCUAGAACUAUCUGUAAUCAUGUUCAAGUUACUUGGUACCCACCUUCCAAUCAGCGCAGAUCCAGUAAAGGCGAUCCCAAGUGGAGUACUGCCUGUAAUUAUGGUAAUCGGUCAACUACUUAUGCUUGCACUAUUCCAAUCAAUCGAAAAUGGAAUGAUGCAACAUUCAAGUUCAAGAUUGAGGCUCUUGCUAACAACAAGCUUAAUUCAAUCAGCGAAGUUUAUAUAUUAUUUUCAGCUAUGAAAUUUACACCAAAAGCUCCAAGGAAUUGCCAUACCGACAUCAUCUACAAUAAACAAAAGUUGUUAUUGUGGUGCGAAGAACAUGACACUUGCUUUGAUGGAGUGGAACAUCAAUAUAUAUUUCACAUUAACGAAAAAUUUUCCAGCGAUCAAUAUAGACAGUAUAAAGUGAAGAAAGAAAUAAUGAAGGAGUUAACUUUUGCGGAAAUUGGGUGCUCCAAGGAUUGCUAUGGGACGUUUAUUUGGUACAUUCAGAGUGAAAUAUACGGCGAACUAAGUAGUAAUAGCAGCAUCUUUAGUUUUGAAAUAAAAAAUGCUGGUAUAACUGCAUUAACAGCAGCCACAACGUCAUCCCAAGAUAUAACGCCAUCUAUUGUUAAUACAACUACUGUAACAAGUUCAAAUAUUGUCCAUACCACUAAUUCGAUUAGCCCUACAGGUCCAUCUGUUAGCAAUAAUACGCCUGCCAUAACUAUGAAUGAUAAUAAUCAAUGCCCUAUCGAAAGAACAUCAUCUACAGUAACCAAUAUAACCGCUACCAUUGCAUGCAGCCGCUUGUCGAUUAAUUGGCACCCACCAAAAAUCGAUAGAACUUACAUAAAGCUACUUGUACAAUCAGCUACUGGUACAAUUUCUACCUUUUGGAAAAUGAUUCAACAACGACACCUAGAAAGUGCUAAAGCUAAUAUCACCAGCGACAAUACAACAAUCCAAGAAUUUUAUUUAGCCACGCUAAGUAAUACAGACGAUGAGGGAGCAGGUCUAACUACUAACGAAAGUACUCUUCUACCUGAAUCUCGAUGUCCUACUACUGGUACGCCUAGAUAUGCUUCUCAAGCAACGUUAGAAUGGCAAUACAUCAGUUCACUUACUCUUAUCCUCUUAAUUAUUAUCCUCAUUGCCUUAUUUUUAAAGAAAAAUUACAGAAAUACAAAGAGCUCAAAUGAAAAUGUUACUAGUUCUGCAUCACAUAUGAUUGAGAGAGAUUUGCCUCCAUUACCUGAUUCGAUCUCAUCAGAUAUAGAAAGAAAUUCAGAUUCUACUUCAAAUCAUCCCGAACCAGUUACGUAUGAGCCCAUUUAUGAUGGCAUUCUAUGCCUUACUUGA